GAACUGGUGUUUAUAAUCGUCAAACAGCUGAUGCCUCAUAAUCACUCAUAAUUUCCCUGUCAAACCCCCGAGUAAUAAAUACGACAAAUCCCAGACAAUUCUCAUGAAGACACUGACGAUGGAUCCAUGGGGCUCUGGCCCAGAAGUGCCAGCGAGUGAAGCCUCGACUUCCUUUGAGGAUUCAUUCGUAACAGCGCAGGCUGAUGUCAUGAGGUUAGACGACUCUGAUCAAUACCUCCAGAGACUUUACUCAAGACUCCGUCAAGUCCAGGGUGGAACCUCGAAGAAGGACCUCGUGAACUCCCUGUCCCAAGUCAAGGAGGACACAAUCGCUCGACUAAUCACCAGUGGCAGAAGAUUAGACCCCGAAGAAGAAGCCAUCCUCGGGACUAAUCCCUUGUUGAGACACAUAACACCGCAUCUUCAGGCGCUGACAGCGAGCGAACUGGUGCACCUGCUGAAAGCCGACGUCCUCCAAUCAUCGACAGACGAGCAACAAGAAGGAGAGUCAGCCCCGGAUGACCCAAUCCCCUCGCCAACGUCCUCCAAUUAAUUACCUCAAAAUUUUUAAUUAAAACCGUAAUCAAGUCCUCCCUAUCCAGCCCUGUAAACGAGAAUUGCAUUAAACUGUUCUGUCUUGAGAAUAACUUCAUGAAAUCCUGAGGAAAUAUUCACGGGAAGGAUCCUCCACCGAUUGAACACAUCUCCCCUCCCCUUUUCCCUAGUUACCAGAGACAAUAGCGUCUCGUCAAAUUUGCGGGGGAGUCGUUUCACGUAUGAAACUGGGUUAUCCCACCGAGUACAUAGGUUUUCCAACAUAAUAUCCACCCUGAGCAUAUUUAGAGGACUUGAUUCUCGACUGGGGCGUGGCUGUUGCUGGGAUGUGCAUUGAACAUAUCUCAAUUACGAAUUCUGUUGAACGAGUUGGGCAAAUGUUGUGAAACAUUGAGAGGAACGAAAUGAUGUAAUCAAAUUAAUUAGAUGAAUAAAUGGAGAUGGAGAUGGA